AUGGGCAUUGGGCAAGGGACAGACAUGGGCAUUGGGCAGGGGACAGACAUGGGCAUUGGGCAGGGGACAGACAUGGGCAUUGGGCAAGGAAUAGAUAUGGGCAUUGGGCAGGGGACAGACAUGGGCAUUGGGCAGGGGACAGACAUGGGCAUUGGGCAAGGGAUAGACAUGGGCAUUGGGCAGGGGACAGACAUGGGCAUUGGGGAAGGGACAGACAUGGGCAUUGGGCAAGGGAUAGACAUGGGCAUUGGGCAGGGGACAGACAUGGGCAUUGGGCAAGGGACAGACAUGGGCAUUGGGCAAGGGAUAGACAUGGGCAUUGGGCAGGGGACAGACAUGGGCAUUGGGCAAGGGAUAGACAUGGGCAUUGAGCAAGGGACAGACAUGGGCAUUGGGCAAGGGACAGACAUGGGCAUUGGGCAAGGGACAGACAUGGGCAUUGGGCAAGGGACAGACAUGGGCAUUGGGCAGGGGACAGACAUGGGCAUUGGGCAGGGGACAGACAUGGGCAUUGGGCAGGGGAUAGACAUGGGUAUUGGGCAGGGGACAGACAUGGGCAUUGGGCAAGGGAUAGACAUGGGCAUUGGGCAGGGGACAGACAUGGGUAUUGGGCAGGGGAUAGACAUGGGCAUUGGGCAGGGGACAGACAUGGGCAUUGGGCAGGGGACAGACAUGGGCAUUGGGCAGGGGACAGACAUGGGCAUUGGGCAGGGGACAGACAUGGGCAUUGGGCAGGGGACAGACAUGGGCAUUGGGCAGGGGACAGACAUGGGCAUUGGGCAGGGGAUAGACAUGGGCAUUGGGCAGGGGAUAGACAUGGGCAUUGGGCAGGGGAUAGACAUGGGUAUUGGGCAGAAGAUAGAAAUGGGCAUUGGGCAGGGGACAGACAUGGGCAUUGGGCAGGGGACAGACAUGGGCAUUGGGCAGGGGACAGACAUGGGCAUUGGGCAAGGGACAGACAUGGGCAUUGGGCAGGGGACAGACAUGGGCAUUGGGCAGGGGACAGACAUGGGCAUUGGGCAGGGGACAGACAUGGGCAUUGGGCAGGGGACAGACAUGGGCAUUGGGCAGGGGACAGACAUGGGCAUUGGGCAGGAGACAGACAUGGGCAUUGGGCAGGGGACAGACAUGGGCAUUGGGCAGGGGACAGACAUGGGCAUUGGGCAGGGUCAUGUUAAAGGCAAGAGGGCAUUCGUAGGCGGCGGCAGGGUUACCAACGCCCAGUGGACAGCCCACCCACAGACACUCAACUUAGUGGCACUUGUGGUUGUUGGCUCUUGA